AUGGCUGGCAUGCUCAACAACUCCGAAAAGCUCGAUGUGUCAGAGCUGGAAAAUGGCCAAACAGAACAUUUGACGAGAAAAGAUGAGAUUGGGCGCAUCGAUGCGAUCGCGACCGCGCAGGGAACGACCCUUGCGUCUUUUGCGCAUUUGGAUGAGAAGAAGAUCUUGAGAAAGGCAAGUGCUAUGGACAUCCGCCUCAUUCCCAUGCUGGCGCUGCUAUAUCUCCUAUCUUUCCUCGACCGCGGGAACAUCGGCAACGCAAAGAUUGAAGGACUGCAAGAAGACCUCGGAAUGACAUCUGACCAGUACAAUUGGUGUCUCACAGUCUUUUUCUUCACAUACGCCGCAUUCGAAGUCCCGAGCAACCUAUUGCUCAAGAAACUCCGACCGAGCAUCUGGCUUCCUACCAUCAUGGUUGCCUGGGGCACAGUGAUGACGCUUAUGGGGAUUGUCAGGAACUACCAUGGACUGCUAGUCGCUCGAAUCUUCCUAGGUGUGACUGAGGCUGGCUUGUUCCCGGGUGUUGCUUACUACUUGACAAUGUGGUACUGCCGCCACGAGAUCCAACUCCGACAAGCCAUGUUCUUCUCCGCUGCGUCGAUUGCUGGUGCCUUCAGCGGUCUGCUCGCCUUCGCCAUUUCCAAGAUGGAUGGCACCGGUGGCCUGGAGGGCUGGCGAUGGAUCUUCAUUCUCGAGGGCAUAGUCACCGUCAUCGUUGCAGUGUUUGCAUUCUGGGCGUUACACGACUUCCCCGAAACAGCCAAGUUUUUGACCGAGGAAGAAAGAGCAUUCGUUGUUUACCGCCUCAAGUAUCAGGGCCAGGUUCAAGGAAAGUCAGACAACCGCGUUCAGGUUGCUGAGGCCGACGAGUUCCAGUGGAAAUACGUGUGGGAUGCUUUCACGGACUGGCAAAUCUGGAUCAACAUCUUUGUGUAUUGGGGAAUUGUCUGCCCUCUCUACGGCAUCAGUCUCUUCCUGCCCACGAUUAUCCGCAACCUCAACUAUACGUCAAGCACUGCCCAGCUUAUGACAGUUCCGAUCUACAUCACGGCCGCGAUUCUUGCAGUAGUCGUCGCCUAUCUUUCCGACCGCUUGGGCAAGCGAAGCCCGUUCAUUGUCGGAUUCCUAUGCAUGAUGAUCGUUGGAUUCUCCAUGUGUAUCUCAAGUUCAAACCCCAAAGUGGUCUAUGGCGGCGUUUUCGUGGCUGCGUGCGCCAUCUAUCCUGCCUUCCCUGGAGUCAUCAGUUGGCUCUCCAACAACCUUUCCGGGAGCUACAAGCGCAGCGCUGGGAUGGCUCUACAGAUCGGUGUUGGUAACUUGGGCGGUGCCAUGGCGUCCAAUUUCUACCGCCAGAAAGAUGCUCCUCGAUACAUCCUUGGACAUGGACUUGAACUAGGCUUUAUUUCUGUCGGUAUCAUUGCUGCCCUCAUACUCAUCUUGUCAUACAUAAACAUCAACAAGAAACGUGACAGGCAGAUGGCGGCAGGCGAAGACAGCCGAUACACAGCGGAGGAACUGUCUGUCCAGGGUGACAGGGCUAUCACAUUUCGAUACAUGUGGUAG